AUGAAUCGAUGCAGUGUGACUAAAUCGAAGGGAGAAAGCAAGAAUGUGAAGGAAGAGAUUGUGACUGAACCGAAGGGCCGCGGCAGCAGGCGCGCCAAGGCUGAGGAUGAUGCCGUCGAAGAGAAGGGCGCCGUGAAACGCGCGAAGGAAAAUGUUGUGGUGGGAGAAAAGGGUGGCGGCAAACGCUCAAAAGAGAGCACCGCGGUCGAGGAAAACGGCGUCGUGAAAAACGUAACGGAAAACGGCGUUGUAGGAGAAAAGGGCGGGGGAAAACGUUCGAAGGAGUCCACCGCGGUGGAAGAGAAAACAGGGACAAAGCGCGCCAAGGUGAACAACGGCCGCAGCGUCAGUCGUGUGGAGGCUCCACGUCAGCCCAAGGCAGAGAAAGGGGGGAAGGGAAAGCCUCCACGUCAGCCCAAGGAAGAGAAGGGGGCGAACGGAAGGGCUUCAGGUCAGCUCAAGGGAGCGGAAAAAGAAGCGAAGAAGGCGCCUGGGAAGGCGAGGAAGCGCGGCAAGGCUCCAGCGAUCGACGACGACAUGAUCCAAGUGAAGCAGGCUCCGCUCGCCGACUCAGAGGAAGCUGCAAUCGUGCUCACGCACCCGUCGGAUCCAGCAGCCGCGGCGGCGGCGGCGGAGAAGAAGGCGCCGGUGCGGCAGCUGCUGGACUUCGUGUUUCACGACGCGGACGGCGCGCUCAUGCCGCUCGACAGCUUCGACGCUCUGGCGGCGCGUGGGGAAGGACUCUUUGUGACAGCCGUCAUUCUUCCCGAGACCGCCCCGCUGCGCCAUAUGGAGGGUUACAGGUGCGAGGCGUUCGGGCCCAUCGACGGGUGGUACAUCGACGGUUACGAGAAGGCGAACACAGCAGCGCGCAUCAUGAUCACCACGGACGCUGCCACGUACGUCUGCUGCCGCCCCGCCGCCAAGCAGAAGAAAGACUUCACCCCGCUUCAGGACAAGGCCAAUCUGUGCGUGGAGGUUUUCAGAGCCCUUUCCAAGCCGGACGGGGGCGACCCUACCAUUUCCCUCCCAGAGGUGGUGGCGCGCGUGUCGAGGGCGCUGGGGCGGCCGUGCAGGGACGACCUGGUGGCUGCACAUGCGUUUGUGGCGCAGCAGCUAUGCGGGCUGGACGAGGACGCGGAUGAAGACGACCAGCUCUUCUCAGGGCUGCCUGCGCUAGAGUCUCUGAAAGAGGAGGGAGCCAAGCACGCAGCUGUCCGGAGCAUUGUGGAAGCCAGGCAAGCCAGCGCCAAGGAACACACGGGCAAGAAUCCAGCUGCUACAAACGGAGCCCUCGUUAUAAGAGACACCGCUGGCGGCAGCGGCAGCAGCAGCAGGGCCGGCGAGGGAGCAAGCGUGGGAAUUGAUGACGAGGAGUUGGCUAGGCUGGUGGCCGAAGAGGAGGAGAAGGAAGCAGAGGCGAAGAGGGGAGGUGGACGGAGGAAGGGGGCUGGGGGCGGUGGCAGGCAGGAGAGGUAUUUGAAGAUCAAUGAGAAAGAGCUGGCUGAUGACUACCCGCCCCCGAGAUACUACAAGAGCGUGGACGAGGAAACAGACGAGUUCCUGUUCGACGACCCACUCCUCACCGCUGUGCCCUCCUCUUCUCCCGCCCCAUCCCCCUUCCCCCACUCCCGCCCUUCCCCAUCUCCGCUGCCCUCAUGGCAACUGCUUUUCCAGAGCGUGGACGAGGAAACGGACGAGUUCCUCCUGUUCGACGACGCCACCGCUCCGCUCUACCCCGACGACCUGCCGCGGCGCCGCCUGGACGACUGGGCGCUCUACGACGACCAGCUGCGCUUCGUGCCUCUUGAGCUGCUGCCCAUGCUGCCGGGGGUAGCCGCGGACUCCCUCGUGUUCGGCUCGGGUGUUAUGAUGGAGGACGAUGGGAGCGGCUUCAGCCUCGACGAUCCCACUGUUGAAUCCGCUGGCACUACUCGGGGUGACGGUGCUGGUGGUUCUUCAGGUGGCACUUCAGGUGGUUCUUCAGGUGCUUCAGGGAGUGGUUCCGGGUCAGGAUCUGAUCCCGCAGCAGCGGAUGGUGGUGAUGGUGGCGCCGGUGGUAUCCGGGUGUAUCUGAGCGCGAUCAAGGAGUGGAUGAUCGAAUUUGGGGCCGGCAUGCUUUUUGUGACCAUUCGAACCGAUGGGGCAUGGUACAGGCUCGGCCGCCCUUGUUCCGCCUAUGUCCCCUGGUACCGCCCGGUUCUGCGCACAGCCCGGCUGGCAAUCCGAGUCAUCGAGAUGCUGAGUGGCGAGUCCCGGGCGGCGCGCUUGUCUUUUCUGGACGUGGUGACGAAGCUGGCGCAGGAGCGGGUGGCGGAGAAGCAGCAGAAGAGCGGCAAGGUGCCGGCACGUGGGGACUUAGCUAAGUGUUUUGCUGAAAUGGAGCGGUUUUUAGUGGUGCAUGGGAACAUCAUCCUGCAGCAGUUUAGAGAGUACCCAGUGGAGACAAUCCGCCGGAGCCCCUUUAUAAGCACGCUGCGAGAAAAGAUGGAGAUGCGAUCGCAUACCGAGCUAAAAGUUAGUAAGAAAAAGGCGGCGAUGAUUGUCGCAAGCAGAGGUAGCAAUGGACGUGGUGGGGGUGACGGUGGGAGUGCGAGGAAUGCGAAUCCUGCUGCGGCUUUAAGGCCUGAUGCUAGUAAGAGGAAGCCUAUGCGUGCUACCACGACUCAGCUGGUCCACAGGAUCUGGAAGGAGUAUUAUGAACGGUUCGGAUUGAAGCGGGAUGAGGUGGGGGCGGGUAAAGGGGGGGGUGAGGGAGAGGAGAAUGGGAAGGUGGAGGGUGAGGAGGUGGAGGACGAAGAGGAAGGAGGGGAGUUGAAGGAUGGGGAUAGUGAGGAUGAGGAGGAGGAGGUUGAGGAGGUAGCGGGUGCAAGGCAAACCAAGGGGAGUAAAACGAAGGGGAUUAUAGCGAAGAGCGCAGAACUAGAUAAGGAGGCUGGUGUGACCGAUAAGGGAAAAGCAGCUGUUGCUGGUGGUGAGGCUAAGAAGGGGAAGGAAGCUGUUGCUGGUGGGUGCAAGGCGAGAGCAGUAAAGGACUCCACUCAGGGCGUGACAUGGAUGGGUGCAAGCACAGGCCGCACUGAGGAAGACCAUCCUGCCUACGCGGCAGCCUCAGUGUGGGGGUUAGAAGUCAAGGCAGGGAUUGUGGUGCUUGCUGCUGUGGCAGAGGGCGAGGAUGACGGGGACGAGGGGCGGUGGAGAGAGGAGGAGGAGAGGCUAGUGUUGGUGGAGUAUAUGUGGGAUGAGGGGGGUGUGGGGGGUGGCGCGGGCAGGAGGAGGAGGGGCGAGGGGAUGAAGGCGCAUGGGCGGGUGAUGGUGAGGGGGAGUGAGACGGUGCUGGGGAAUGCGGCGGACGAGUGGGAGCUGUUCGUGUCGGAGCACUGCGUUGACUUCCCCCUCACUGCCAUCCGUGAGCUAGCGCCAGUGACGCAUCGCAAGCAGCCAUGGGGCGUGGAGCACAGGCUGAGGAACAUGGAGGAGCAUGAGAGGGAGAGGGAGCGAAUGGAGAAAAUUUUAAAGGAGACAGGGCAGCGCUCCUUCUUCUACCGUCUCCUCUACAACCCCUCCCGUGGCGGCUUUUUCGACCUGCCCAAGAGCCUGGGCAGCGGAACGGGCAGGUGUUGCUCGUGUGACGAGGACACAGAGAGGGAUAGGAUGAUGGAAGUGCGGAGGCUGGGGGAUGGGGAGGAGGGAUUUGCUUACUUAGGGAAGGAGUUUCGGGUUCAGGACUUCGUGUUCUUGCAUCCAGCAGCAGUGGGGGAGGAGAGCGAGGGGAAGAAGUUCAAGAUAGCGAAAGGAGGGCGGAACAUUGGGCUGCGGGCGUGGCCUAUCGGGCAGAUUGAAAAGUUUGUAGCUCCGACCGGUGGGGCAAAGGAGGUGCCUGAAAAGAUGGUGGUGAGGAGGUUCUUCCGCCCUGAAGAUGUGCCGAAUGAGGGUGAUGAGAUCGCAUAUACGGCACACAUCCGAGAGGUGUACUACAGUGAAACCCUAAUCACUGUAGACGUGACAGACGUGAUCGGCAAGUGCCGCGUGCAGCGGGGCAAGCCCACCGCAGCAACUGCUGCAACAGGGACAGAGGCGGAUCACUCGGGCUUUAACAUCGGGGGGUGCCUGGAGGAGGAGCUGAUGGGCGGCGACUUUGUCUUCUUCUGCGACCGCCUUCUCAAAGAUGGCUCCGUCCGAAUGUUGCCCCCUGGGAUUCGCUUCGGCCCUUCUUCAGCAGCAGCAGCAGCGUCACCAAUCAAGGACAAGGGCAAGGGCAAGGGCAAGAGCGUUGCUGCCGAUGACGACGCCGACGCGGAAGCUGCAGCAAUAGAGGCAGCAGCAGUGGCUAGAGCCCGGGCGAAGGGCAAGGGGAAAGCAGCUGCAGAGGAGCCAGACGAACCCACCAGCAAGGCUGCAGCUGGGGCGAAUAAACAGGAGAAAAAGCAGGAGAAGCAGGAGGAGAAGGAGAAUAAGGGGAAGCAGGAGGAGGGGCAGCAAGGGGUGGGAAACAGCAGCAAGGGCGGCACUGGUGUGCUGCGGACGUUGGAUAUAUUUGCGGGGUGUGGCGGGCUGUCAGAGGGGCUGCAGCGGUCGAGGGCGUGUGAGACGCGGUGGGCCAUCGAGUAUGAGCACCCAGCGGCCGAGGCGUUUCAGAAGAACCACCCCGACGCCGCUGUCAUCUGCGCCAACUGCAACGUGGUGCUGAGGUCUAUGAUGGAGCAAGCAGGGCAGCUGGGCGACUGUGUGUCAACGCCAGAGGCGGAUGAAGCAGCAGCAAAGAUGGCCGAGGGGGAAAAGGGCAAGCUGCCUCUGCCUGGCCAAGUGGACUUCGUCAAUGGGGGCCCGCCCUGCCAGGGUUUCUCCGGAAUGAACCGCUUCAACCAGAACCCAUGGAGCAAGGUGCAGUGCGAGAUGAUUCUCGCCUUCCUCUCCUUCGCCGAUUUCCUCCGCCCCAACUACUUCCUCCUCGAGAACGUGCGCAACUUUGUCUCCUUCAAUGGCGCCCGCACCUUCCGCCUGGCCCUUCGGACGCUGCUCGCCAUGGGCUACCAGGUCCGCUUCGGUGUGCUGCAAGCGGGGAACUUCGGAAUAUCUCAGUCCCGCACGCGGGCCUUCAUCUGGGCUGCAGCACCGGGCCACGUGCUCCCUGAGUGGCCGCAGCCUCUGCACGUCUUUGCCUCCUCCCAGCUCUCCGUCCCCCUCACCACCUCCGCUGCUGGCGGCGCCUCUGCUGCUAGUGGUGCUGCUGGUGGCGCGGCUAGUAUUGGUCAGUUCAGCACGGCUAGCUCGCUGGCCAAUGAGGCGUGUCCACGUGGCCCUGCAGUGGGGGCACCGCUGCGGUCGAUCACGGUGCGAGAUGCGAUGGGGGACCUGCCAAGCAUUGAGAACGGGGCAGAAGAGGAGGAGAUGGAGUAUUCUUCGGAGCCCUCCUCCUGGUUCCAGAGGAGCAUCAGAGCCCAGCAAGCCAGGCUACUGGACCACACGUGCAAGCGCAUGAACGAACUCAACCUCAAACGCUGCCAACACAUCCCCAGGCGCCCAGGGGCGGACUGGCGGGACCUGCCGGAUAUCAAGGUGCGGCUGUCGGACGGCCGUGAGGCAGAUUUGGUCCCCUGGUGCCUACCCAACACCAUGGAGCGGCACAAUAACUGGAAGGGGUUGUUUGGGCGGCUGGACUGGGCGGGCAACUUCCCCACGUCUGUGACGGACCCCCAGCCCAUGGGGAAAGUGGGCAUGUGCUUUCACCCCGAGCAGGACCGCAUUGUCAGCGUGCGCGAGUGUGCGCGAUCGCAGGGCUUCCCCGACUGGUACCGCUUUGCUGGCAACAUUCAGGCCAAGCAUCGCCAGAUCGGCAACGCUGUCCCUCCGCCUCUUGCCCUGGCUCUGGGCUUGCAGCUCAGGAAGGCUCUCUUGGAGACGAGGAAGAUGAAUGGAGCAGAAGUCGAGAGAGAGGGUAAGGAUGAGGCAAAGUAA